GGCUCCGCCCACCGCUUCUCCGUGGAGUUGCAGGCAAGGAUGUUGGAAGAGAGGAAGAGGGAAGUAGGGGCACACUGGACAGUAGCAGACAGUAAUGUUGCAUAUCGGAUAAACCGUCUGCUCACAAAUAUUAACCCAGUUGUUUCUUCGCCCAGGAUCUCUGAGGAGGGGUGCUCAUAAAACUUGGUGGAUGUGAAGAAGAAGAAGUGAUGAGGCAGUUCUCUGAAGCACUCUGACAGGAUGGCAUCACAGGAGGGCGAGGAGCCCCCUCCAUAUGGAGGUCAAUCAGAUAGCCGUCUAAAGAGCAAGAAGCCGCCCAGCCUUGUAAUAGCAAUCCCUCCACCUGAGGAGAUGAUGUCACACAACCCGGCAAAACAGCCACUGCGACCGUCGGUGAAGAAAAGCAUGAGUGGUCAAGCUGGCGGUUCUCUGUCAGAGAGUGGAGCUGGAGACAGACACUUCUCAGCCAGAGACAGGAGGGACAAGUUUGGCAGACAAACGUCGCUCUCACAAAGCAUCCGCAGGAACACAGCUACAUGGUUUGGCGUGGGAGAGGACUGUGAGACGAAGCAGCAGCUAUGGCACAGGAAGAGCCUGCGCCACUGCAGCCAGCGCUACGGCAAGCUGAAGGCCCAAUAUAGAGAGCCUGAUACGGUCACCAGCAUUGAUCAGGGCCCGGACUCACCAGCUACACAGAGGAUGCCCAAGAUUGUGGAUCCCCUGGCACGGGGGCGAGCAUUCCGCUGCCCAGAUGAGAUUGACAGUCGCUCACCCAGGACGCCCCACACUGCUCAGGGGGGUCCAUUCACCCCGGGUGUCACCUCUCUCAGCUCCUUCACCAGCCAGCGCUCCGGGUACAGCCGCCUCCCAAGACGGAAGAGAGAGUCUGUCGCACGCAUGAGCAUCAGAGCUGCAUCCAACCUGCUGAGGGGUCGUAGUGGUUUGGCAGGCUCACAGACAGGUCGCAGUUUCCCCAAGAGGAGCUUUGUCAGGCCCAGCUGGAUGGAUGAGGACACUGUAGACUCUGCAGACACAUCUGAGUCACUCUUCUUCAGUAAGGUUGAUGCCCAUGAUGAGUUUUACUCAAUGGCCGAUGACGUAUUUGAAUCGCCUCCUAUGUCAGCAGCUUUUGGUCCUUGCGAGCCGCCUGAUCAGAAGUUCCCAAGCCUUAAGGAUAUAUCUCGAACACUCAGGACACCACCAGCAGUGCCUGAAAAAAGGCGUCCACGUCGAGGUGGUCGCAUUGCCUCCCAGGUUAAGCACUUUGCAUUUGACAGACAUAAGCGCCAGUACGGCAUGGGUGUUGUGGGGAAGUGGCUGAACCGACACUACAGAAGAAGCCUCAGCAGCAACAUCCAGAAGCAGUUGGACGACUUCCAAAGCCACAGGCCCUACUUUACCUACUGGAUCACAUUUGUCCACAUAGUAAUCACCCUGUUGGCCUGUUGUACAUAUGGUUUUGCCCCUGUGGGGUUUGCACAACAUUCUACAUCUGAACUGGUGCUGAAGAAUAAAGGCAUUUAUGAGAGUGUCAAGUUUAUUCAACAGGAGAAUUUCUGGAUUGGUCCAAGCUCUGACGACCUGAUCCACCUGGGGGCAAAGUUCUCACCCUGCAUCCGCCAGGACAGACAGAUAGUGAAUCUGAUCCAGAGAGCCAAAAACCUGGAGAGAGAGUCUGGCUGCUGUGUUCAGAAUGACAACUCUGGAUGUGUGCAGACCCUCAGCUCUGACUGCUCAGAGACCCUGGCCACAUUUAUCAAAUGGAACAAUGAGUUUAUAGACAUCUUCAGAUCUUCUGGUUCUGUCUGUCACCAGGAUCCCAGAGUAUGUGAGGAGCCGGCCUCUGCAGAGCCUCAUACGUGGCUCAAUGACAUCACCCAGUGGCCAGUUUGUACAUAUCCUAAGAAGUGGAACCACACAGGCUACAGACAUAUGGACUGUAACAUUAAGGGUCGGCCUUGCUGUAUAGGAACUAAGGGCAGAUGUGAGAUCACGACUCGAGAGUAUUGCUCUUUCAUGCAUGGUUACUUCCACGAGGAGGCCACACUCUGCUCUCAGGUUCACUGUUUGGAUGAUGUGUGUGGCUUACUGCCCUUCCUCAACCCUGAUAUUCCCGAUCAGUUCUACCGUCUGUGGCUCUCUCUCUUCCUCCAUGCAGGACUCUUGCAUUGCGUGGUGUCAGUGGUGUUCCAGAUGACCAUACUGAGAGACCUGGAGAAGUUGGCAGGUUGGGUCCGCAUUUCCAUUAUCUAUAUCCUCAGUGGUAUCACUGGAAACCUGGCCUCUGCCCUGUUCCUGCCCUACAGAGCUGAGGUGGGUCCUGCAGGGUCUCAGUUUGGACUCCUUGCCUGCCUGUUUGUCGAGCUGUUUCAAGGCUGGCAGAUUUUGGAGAAGCCAUGGAAGGCCUUCCUCAAACUACUGGGCAUCGUCCUCUUCCUCUUCCUGUGCGGCCUCCUGCCAUGGAUCGACAACAUUGCUCACAUUUUCGGUUUCCUCAGUGGCUUGCUGCUGUCCUUUGCUUUCCUGCCCUACGUCACCUUCGGUACUUUUGACAAGUACCGUAAACGAAUCCUCAUUGCUGUUUCAUUGUUAGCCUACUUCGGACUCUUCUCCUCCCUCAUCGUUUGGUUUUAUUUUUACCCGAUUAACUGGCACUGGCUAGAGCAUCUCACCUGCCUGCCCAUGACAAACAAAUUCUGUGAAAAGUAUGACAUAGACCACGACAUUAAUGAUGUGGUGCACUAGAUUUCUAGCCAAUGACCAGGCCAGCUGUUCCCAGGUCAACAAAGUGGCCUUUCAGAAAUGUGGCAAUCACCAAGGACCUGAGGAACAGUUCAUGUUCUUGGAAUCAGCUCCAUAGCCUGAGACAUGCCCAGUCCUCCAAAUAUGUCUCAACCUCUUUGUCCUUAGUCAAGUCUGGCACUAGCUAGCAUGUUAAUUUGCUAAUGGGCUAGCAGAUCCCCAGAAUCAGAGGACAGGAAAAGAUACUCAGGAAGUCUAAACUGCGUAGAGCCUGGUGGACCUGAAGGAGGAGAUCUGCAGAGCCAGAGACUGCUGGCUCCUUCAGUUUUGAGAGAAGUCGAUUUAAAGACACCAAUCAAAGAAAAAGACGCCGGCAUGAAUUGCCAAACAAUCACAAACUGUGAGGAUGACUAACAGCUGAAAUGGAAAGAAAGACUGAUACCAAAGUGGGUCAUCACUACAAACAUUGUUCAUUUCUGCUGCUUCUCAAAGUCUGGUGAAACACCAUCAGAGUUUAAAGCUGUUUUUAUCUUUGCUCUUUUGUAUGCACUCAGCAUGUCAUUGUUAUUUGGACCAGUGAAUUGUUGUGAAAGUGAAUAAUGUGUUUAAACUAAUAACCGUGCAGCUGAAAUAUUUAAAUAUUUGUGGUGAACUAAGGCAACAUUUUUAUCUAAAACCACUAGUUGCCUUGAACUGAUUAUGCCAUUCAACUAAGAUGCCUCACAGUGAUUUUCUUAGUGCUUGAGAUCAAUGUCCUAUGCUGAUGAGUACAUGUUUGACCCUUAUCUACCAAAGCAACCUCACAUGCUGCUUUUAUUUACAUGUGGCUUUUAUCUGGAUGUCUUUUCACGAUAUUAAAUUUUUUCACUCCCAAAAACUCAAGGUUCACAUUUAAGCUCUAUAUUUACCAGAUAAUACAGGGGUGCCUAUACCAUUCUGUGAAGAUUCUGUUGAUAAUUUAAUUUAAACAGGUUUCAAUUAUCUAACAGGCAUUUUUUUUUAAAUAGUCAAAGAAUCACAAAACAUGAGUUGUUUCACCCGAGCCUUAUAAUAAUGCUAGGUCAAUAAUAAAGUUCUUUGUUUUCACCUUUUACAACUCUUAAUAAUGUAUGUAAAGUACGGGGAGAAAUUUUCCGCGGGCGCCUCAUUUUCUCUACACUUUUCCCUCCUCUGGACUCCAGCAGCUGUUGCAUUCGGUUUUGGUUAACAGCCAGUAGCUUGGAUUUUUGCUGUCCCGGUGGGUGCCUGAUGAUGUGCUCAGUGUAACACUGUGAUUUCACAAGUCAAAACACAAUCGUAAUUUCAGUGAUUUUAUCCAUUGGUUAUUGAAGGGGCGUUUAACAGUGGUGGUAGCCAUAUUUUAAACGCUGACUCCAUCUAACUUUCAGCCAACUUGGACACAGACAAAGAGGCGAAUCUGAGGCGGGCCUUUAACCUUCAGUCAAACAGCUACAGCGCAUUCACCUGUCAGUCAUUUUACCAAGCCCCUAAUGAUGUACAUGUAUGCAUUACUGUAAGCCUUAACACUAUCAAAAUAGAUGAGUUGUAAGAGAACAAAGCCCCACAUACAGUUUAUAUGCAAAAAAAUAAAUAUGCUUUUGUUUACAUGUUUAGUUCUGCUGUCAUAAUUGGCAUUUAACCUAAUGGGGUCUCCUUGGCAUAAGAGACAGCCUCAAGUAGACACUGAAGGAGCUGCAGUUUUCUACAAUUCCACAUUGGCUUCAUUUUUCAACACUGCAGAUUGCUGAUCUGAGAUUUGCUUUUGUUUUAUGUCAUGUCAACUCACAGCUGUUAAGAAAGCCACUAAUGUCUACUGUGUGGGGAUUAUAGGAGUUAAGUGAGUUAUGAGAUUAUGUUAGAUUGUUUCAGUUGUUUUUGAGAGCAUGAGUUCAUACAGAUUUGGUUGUGUAUUUUGAAAUAUCUGCAUCAUUUAAAUACCACUGAGGUAAUUUUUUUAAGGUCAUCUAUUUCAAGAUAGAAGACUGCUCACACAGCAAUGGGGAGAAUGUGAACAGCAACAUACAUCUUCAUGACACCCUGCCCUUUAAGCAUGCCACAAAUAAAUCUUCUAUCAUGGCUGUAAUCUGUUUGCACUGGGACCAAAAUUAUUUAACUUUUUUUCUAUUUAUUGGAAUAACAAGGGCGACUUGUAGAUUCAAUUCAAAUCAUGGUAAAGGUACUGUUCUGUUUGGUUCAGUUUUAUAUGUGAGAAAUGUAUGUUAAAGCUGCCAUUUCAAAAUAAAAGCUAUUCUCAUAACAA